GUUUAAAGGUCACACUCUUUAUCAGUUUCUUGCUGGGAUUAGGAAAGAAGGAUUGUAAUAUGAUAGCAGCACUUAACAGGGACAGUCUGACCUCCUCAACAUGGAAAAUCCUGGUAUUUUCAAUCUAUAAGUCUCUAUAGGGCCUACAUGGAGAUGGGGUACCCCAAAGGCUUCCGACUCAUCUUCCCUUUGGCAGUGGUGUUCCUGUUUAUUUAUAUCAGCUUUACAAAGUUACUAUUUUUUUCUAUAGCAGAUGACCGACUAUAUGAUUGUGUUCAAGAUGGAAAACCAUGUGUAGAUAUGCAAAAUGAUGUAAUUUCAGAAGAUGAGCUAAAGUUGCAGUUAAAGGGUACCCCUUCCUUGAAAAACGAUACCAAGGCAUUAGAAACAUUUAUGAAGAAUUGCAAGAGGCAAGACUUUCAAAUAUUUAAGAUGCUUGCAGCUUUUCGCGACAGCGUCACAGAAGAAAAGGAAGUCCUGCUUGAAGAAUAUCUGAAUGGGUGGAGGGAGUUAAUCAAGUUCAUGGAUUCCUUGGGCACAGUCUUCACUUUUAUCUCACACGAAACCAUGACCAAAAUCAAUAUCCUUAAUGGGUAUCUAAAAGGAGAGAAUGGAAAAAGUUAUAGGACUAUCCAAUCCAUGGUGAAAUAUGAGCUGAAAAACAAUGUGGUUAAUUUCAUGGAAUUACCCCGUAACCGUGUGCCCUCUGGAUGUCGAACACUUUUACGUAUGCAUAGAGCCUUAAAGUGGUUGGAGGACUUCCUCUACAAACUUGGCACAAGCGCUGGCAAGGAGAACCCCUCUGAUUUAUGUGCAGCCUCAUACCACAAAACCCUUGCUCACCACCACAGCUGGUUCAUCAGACAAGUGGCAGAGGUGGCAUUCUUAGCUCUCCCUCCUCUUGAAGAGAUGUACGAUAUAGUGUGUGUAAAAGAUCAUGAUGAGGCCAAAGUUGUCCUUUUGACCACAGUGGAUGCCAUAGUCAAAGUAUACAACAUAACUCAAGAGCUGUAUGUGAAAAAUAGCAUGCUUGACCUGCCAUGAACAGCAACUAAAAAGGACUAUCAAAUAGUAUGAAUGAUCAGGGAGUUUGGCAGAUCUUUGUCAUGGUAAAUGGAAUGGAAACUUCUAAAUAAACUACAUUUGCUUUCUUCAUGAAACAUAAAUACUAAUAAUGAAUACA